AUGGGGCGGCUCUCCCCCGCCGCCUCGACCGCCUCGUCAGACGCGUCCUCGGCCGGCGAAACCGUCCUCGUCAUCCCAACCGCCCGGCCCGGCCACAAGCGCGCCGACGAGGCGCUCCCGUUCUCGCCUAGGCCGCCGCGCGCCGCAGCGGCGGACGCGCCCGCCGAGCCCGCCGAGCGUCCAGAAGCAGCCCCCGUCCCGGCCCCCGCCCCUGUGCCUGCACGCGCGGCCCUUCCGCGGCUGCACCUCAGCCACGAGCACCCGGCGGUGCUGGCCGCGCUGUCCGGCGCGACGAUCUCCUCCGGGCGGCUGGAGCUGCGGGGCCGCCGCUCCUGGGUGCACAACUACGUGCUGAUGCCGCUGGCACUUCCGCUGCUUGGCGUGCUGUUUCUGGCGGCGCUCGUGGCGGCGUUUGUGCCGGCGCUGAUGGUGUGGCCGGCGCAGCUGCUCGCGCGGCGGCUGUACUGGGCGUGUCCUUUCCUGCCCCACGCCUGGCAGGGCCCCAUCCGCGCCGAGUGGGGCUGGCUGGGUUCCACCCUGCUGCGCCUCCAGUUUGAGGGGGCCCACUGCAUCACGGUGGUGGGCCGCCUGCUGACCCUGCCGAUGCGGCCACACCUGCCAAACUUCUACAUCGCUGGCUUCCCGAAGUGUGGCACCACCAGCCUGGCCGCCUACCUCAAGCUGCACCCAGACCUCUGCGGCAUCGCGGGCAUGCCGGGGCACGAGGCCCUGGGCAAGGAGUCGCACUUCAUGGGGGGCCUGCUGGGCCGGGGGUCGGCCGCAACCAGCGCCGCCCUGUACCGCUCCUUCUUUCCCACAGUCAUGACCAGGUGGUGGUGCGAGGUGGUGCGCGGCGCGCGGCGCUGGCAGUGCUUCGACGCCACGCCCACGUACGCGUGCCUGCCCUACAUCCCCGCGCGUGUCAAGGCGCUCACGCCUGACGCAAAGGUCAUCUUCAUGAUCCGCGAGCCGACCGCCGCCGUUUUCAGCGCCGAGAGCAUGCUGCGCGGCAUGGGCGUCCCCCUGACCUGGUCCCUCGCGCGGCCGCUGCCCGGCUCCGUUGUGGCAGGGAGGCGUGGCGGCUAUGUCGACGUGGAGAUGGGGCCCCAGGACGGGAAUGACCUGCUCAGGGGUGACCCCGGCCAUGAUGCCUUCUGGUCCAGCCUGGCUGAGCUGCCCGCCGACGCGGACCUGCCCGCUGAGCUGCCGCAGCGCUUCUACACCAACGCCCACAGCUACAUCAAGGGGGCGCAGUACGCGGACCGCCUCGCUGACUGGGCGCGCCACCUGCCACCAGAGAACCUGCUGGUUGUGGACUUCAAGCGCUUCGUGGAGUCCCCGGAGGCGGUCGUGAGGGAGGUGCUGGCGUUCGUGGGCGCUGACGGCGACAGGUACCGCUUCCAGCGGCUGCCACCUGGCAUGGCCACAGACUACAAGGGCGCAAAGAUGGACCCCUCAGUGCGCCGCGCGGUGGGGGCUCGCUGGUUUGCGGCCACCAACGCGGCGCUGGCGGAGAUGAUCGGCACUGACCUGGGUUGGACGGCGGCGAUUGGCGCCAGGCAGUAA